AUGAAAUUCAAAGUCCUGCAAUUCAAAUACCCUAUUGGCGCUGGUGCAAUCAUUCGUCACCCCUGGAUCUCCAUUCCAGGCUGGGUUGAUUCACCCGCUGAAUUUGGCAUCACGCCAUCGGAAAGGGCCGAGAACGCUCAAGAGUACACGGGGCCUUUGAGCGGCUCUGCUGUUUGCCUGGGUGGCGCAAGUGUGAAAAACAACAAAUUGGAGAUCCACGUCCCGAAAAAGUUCACCUCUGAGAGACCGGCGUCAAUGCUUACUCGAGUCUCCUACAGCGACAUCAGUAUCAGUGAGCACCCACUAGCAUCCAGUCUUCCCAAGGAAACGGAAACUCCGUCAAUUCAGCACAGCCCCUUGGAUUUCUUGGAUCUUUCUCUUGGUCCGCGGAGCCCCUUGUGCUUGGAGGACUAUCUCAAGUCAGACAUUCCCCACAUGAACAUCCACAUUGUGUCAUUCAAAGAUGCAACUCUUGUAUCUGUGACCUGGCCGCACGUUCUCGGUGACAUCAUGAGUGCAUCCGCGAUAUGUGAAGCCUGGAGCCUUGUCAUGGCGGGUCGCGAAUCCGAAGUUCCUGCCUUCCUCUCGGCUGGCGAUGAGGAUAUUCUCGCCACUGCUGGCCAGAACCCCAAUUUCAGUGACAGACACAUUUUGCAGGGCCAGCAGCUGGCUGGGGUCUGGUUCUUGAUUUGGGUUGUCAGGUACUUCCUGGACAUUCUAUUGUGGCCCAACAUGGAAAGCCACAGCAUCUAUCUACCCCCAAAAGCAGUAGCUAAGCUCAAGGCCAAGGCAACGAUGGCGAUCAAGGCAGAACUCCCGGAGGCAAAGCCCUCGAUCGCCUCGCAUGCGUCACCAUUUGUCAGUACAGCGGAUGUUGUCUUUUCGUGGAUAAUAUGCUUGGCUGGUCGUGCGACGUUUCCAAAGGGCUCUCGACGCUCGGUCAUGAUCGGCUUCCCCUGCGAUGUCCGCGACCGGGCACCAUCUAUAUUCCCUUCGGCAAAAAAGGAAGUCGGAGUCUGGGUGCAGAACGCCUCUCCCCCACUUUUGACAACCGUUCCAGCACGGGACCUACUGGCGGAGCACGGCAUGGCUAGAGUUGCCCAGUCCAUACGCCACGCUAUAAUUACUCAGGGCACCGAGACCCAGAUCCACGCCCAAUAUCGCCUAGCGAGACAAACGUACCAGAAUAACGGUUUACCGCCCCUCUUUGGCGACACGAGCCAAUUCGCUAUCAACGGGACCAACUGGACCAAAGCAAACUUCUUCGAAAAAGUCGACUUCAGCCCUGCUGUAAUCAAAGACGCUGGCCUCAAUGACAAGCACGGUCAAAAAAGGACCAAGAAUGCUCUUGUCAACGGCUAUCAUGCCCGCCCAUCGAGGGUUGGAAAACCAGUCUACCUCCACGCCAACGAGCUCGCGCCACCAGGCACCCAUCAACCGCUCUCUCGGAACUUGGCCUACCUUGUGGGGACCCCAGCGGGCGGAUACUGGGCCGUAGGCAAAUUCCACCCAGCCGUCUGGAGGCAGGUUGAAGAAGCGCUUGCCGGUCUUCAAUGA